GAGACGACAAUUAAAAUGACUGAAACAAGCGCCUUGACGGCGCCUCACUUCUGUCGUCGGCCCAGCCACCCGAUUUUCCGUGUGUAUUCAUGCACAUCGACCACACGACGCAAAGCAUCCAACACAUGUAACGCUCAUCUCAUACGAAUAUUCGUAGAGUCUUGAGUCUUUCAUACCGCCACAUUCAAGAUGCGCUCUCUACUGCUCUUACCGCCCUCCAUCCUGCUGGCACUCGCAGACCCCUCGCCCACCGCCCUGCGCAAGCUGCAUCCUGAUUCCUCAGAGAAGCUGUUCGCCGAACACCUCGCCUUCUCUCCCGCCUUCAACCUCCCACUUGUUGUUAACAAUGCUGCAGAGAACGUCACGGCACGUUUCUACGCGCGCGCGUUCUCGGCGCAUUUCUCGGGCGGCUUUGGCACCGGAUUGCUGGAGAAGAGGUCAUCCUGCCCCACGAACAUGAAAUCCUGCACCAACACGGGGAAUCCCGCCAAGUGCUGUCCAGCAGGGACGAACUGCGUCAGUGUCGACGACGCUUCCGUAGGGAGGGUCGCAUGUUGCCCCGAGGGCUCGGAAUGCGGCGGCGGAGUGGGCGCAUGCCCAGCCGACAGCGUCACCUGCUCGGUUGAGCUGGGCGGAGGGUGCUGCAUCGCAGGGUAUAUCUGCAAAGGGGUCGGCUGUGUGAAGGCAGGGGACGGCAAUGGUGGAUCAGAGACGACCACGGUGGAAGAGACGACGACGAUGGUGGAGGAGACGAGCACGACGACUGAAGAAGAAGCGGAAACUACCACGGCGCGUGAGACGUCGACCACGGAGAGAACAACAACUAAAGAGGAAGAGAGCACUACGGAAGAGCGAAGUACGACUUCGGAGGAGGACACUGCCACAACCACACAAGAGCCUACCGAUACAGAGACAGGCGGUGCGCCGUUUCGACCUACGCUGACUUCGGAACCUGAAGACACCCAGACAGGCUGCCCUACCGGCUUCUAUGGCUGUCUUGCCACUCAUGGCGGUGGUUGCUGUCGCACAGACCGCAACUGUGAUGUCCAAUCCUGCCCACCAAGCUCCUCGACCAUGCUCAUCUCCGACGGCGUGACUGUCGUCGUGGAUGCGACCGACGUGCCGGACGAAGGUGAAGGGACAUGCGCAGACGGCUGGUCUCUCUGCGGUGACGAAGGGGGUCCCACGCCAGGGUGCUGUCCCAGCGGAUACAGCUGCGGGACUGCGAGUUGUUUCUCGAAGCAGAGUGGCGGAGAAACGGGAACAGUGCAAAAGGAGUUCCCUGACGAUGAAGAUGACGCUGCGGCCAUUACAAGGCUGAGCAGCGUGUCGAUCAUGGUGGUUUUGGCUGGCUGGUUCCUGAUGUGAGAUCAAAUGUGGACAAUGCGUUAUGAUGAACGAGAUAGAAUGUACUUGAUGACAUUGUAAAUUAUUU